GUAAAUCGUUCCUCUUUGCUGUUGUUCACCGAGCAACAAUGUCGUCCUCAAGUCAGGUGGCUUGGUUUUGCCACCAGCUCGACAGCUCCGAUUGCGCGCCAGUGAAGCGGCAGUACCUGCAAUGGCACGCGGAAGAGCACGGCAUUGUGUACAGCAAGGAUGAUCCGCUCUUUAUCACGGCCAUCCACGAAAGCUCCUCCUUCGCCUGGAGCUUGCCAGAGUUGCUUUGGCGAGCUCGACUCGUCUCCCUCGAUGCGCGUACGCUGUGGGAGUGCCUCGGCACCAAUAUGGUGUCCGAGCGGGUCCGUAGAUUUAUUGAUCCGUGGAAUGAACAAUUAGCAGUCAAAGUCGCCUACUACCUCCUCCAACUUCAGCCGACAUCAGAAGAGGAGGAGGAUGGGGGGAGUUGGAAGAAGCUGCGCGCGGAGCUCGAUGACUACGCCGCGGCGACCAUCAAACCACAAGGCACGCCUGGCGUAAGGGACUACCUCCCGCGUACCACCACCGCUCCACACACCGAUCACCAAAACGCUGAUGGCACCGCCGCUACGGCAGAGUGGUCGGACAAGGUCGCUUUUAUUCCCAUGGAGGCCGGCAAUGACUUCAGCGAGGGCUCGCUGCGCUGCGUAGCGCCGGUGCCGAGCUGCGGUGUUCUGCUGCAGGUGCCCCGCACGGACAUGUUCUUCCGCGAUACAGUUCUCGAGCACUGCGCACUGGGCCGCGUCAUCGCUGCCGCCCCCGCGCUGCGCGAGCUCCUCUCCAACGAGGAGGCGGUGCUCGUCGUGUGCCUCGUCUUUGAGCGUUUUGUCGUAGGGGUUGAGAAGUCGCAUUGGAAGGCACUGCUGACACAAUGUCCACCGUCCUACCCAUCGAUCCCCACCACGUGGACGCUGGGUGACUUGGCAGAAUUGGACGGGUUGGAUGUGUUGGACGAUGUGCUGACGAAGCGGACACAGCUGCAGACGGUCGCCGAUCAGCUGGAAGGCUCACUUGUCGCGAUCUUUCACACGCUGCUCCCCGCGGCGGCCGUGGGGACAACGGCGGCAGCAGCAGUGCCGUCACAAGCAGAGCUGCUGGCGGCCUUCAGUUGGGACCACCUCGCCUGGGCGCAGUCUACCUUCGACUCCCGUGCGUUUAACCUCAACGUGGACGGCGCCGUCGUCAUGGCCCUCGUCCCCCUGGCGGAUAUGAUCAAUCAUACCAAUCGCACCGAUGUGCUGAUUCGCAAAGUGGAGCCCAAUGGUGGGUCUUUCACCAUGCAGGUCGGUGCGGCGCUGACCGCUGCUGAUGUCGGACGGGAGUUAUGGAUGAGCUACGGCCCCCUGCAAAACUGGGAGCUGCUGCAGCACUACGGUUUCGUGCUGGGGUGUGACAACGUGCAUGACAAGCUUCCUUUUCCAUUUUCCCUGCCUGUCUUGAGCGAGUUGGGCGAAGCCGAGGAAGCCGAAACGGAGGGCGUUUCAGAAGAUUGCAGUGGCGAUCACGCCGCCAGCUCCGUUGACUGGGAUACGCGUCGGCGCAACCUGCUGCGUCGCUACGCUCUUUGUCUACCCGGUCGGUGCUGGAUCGGUUACGAUGGCGUGCCCCCGCCGGCGCUGCUGGCGCUGCUGCGCGUGCAGCUCGCCCAGGCGGAGGAGUUCGCCGUGAUGGAGCGGCACCUCUACGGCCCCUUCACGCCGCUGUCCGCGCAGACGGAGGACGCCGUCGUGGCCGCCGUGAUGGAGACGGUGCAGUGCGUGCUGGAUGUGUUCCCGACCUCGCUGGGGGAGGAUGAGGAGGCUCUCGCUGAACUGCGCGAGACAACGCAGGCUUCCGCGGCCCCGGACGAGGGCGAUGAGGAGUCUGUGUACAACUACACGUUGUGUGUGCAGCUACGGAUAGGUCUGAAGCGCAUAGCAAAGCGUGCGUUGGACUGGUGCAGACAUCGCAUGUAA